AUGGCUAAUUCAAAGUAUGAAUAUGUUAGGCAAUUUGAGAGCCACGAUGUAUUGCUACCUCAGACGUAUAUAGUGGUUAGGAUAGAUGGUAAGAAAUUUCAUGAAUUUUCAAAACAUUACGAUUUUGACAAACCCAAUGAUAUUAGGGCAUUAAAAUUAAUGAAUGCAUGUGCGAAGAAUGUCGUAUUAAAAUAUAAGAGUGAUAUGAUUCUUGCAUUUGGGGAAAGUGAUGAAUAUUCUUUUAUCCUUCGUAAGGAUAGUGCAUUGUUUAAUAGAAGAAGUGAUAAGAUAGCUACAUUAUUUGGAUCAUUAUUUACCUCUAAUUACGUUGCUUUAUGGUCCAAAUUUUUCACGGAUAGACCAUUAGAUUUAAAGCAUUUGCCUUAUUUCGAUUCUAGGUGUGUCAUUUACCCUUCACUUCCAAUUGUAAAGGAUUAUUUAAGUUGGAGAUUCGUAGAUACUCAUAUUAAUAAUUUAUACAAUACUGCGUUUUGGCAAUUAGUGCUAAAAUGUGGAAUGACACCUCAGGAGUCAGAGAAUAGAUUAUCUGGAACAGUGAGCUCUGAAAAACAAGAGAUAUUAUUUACCGAUUGCGGUAUUAAUUAUAACAAUGAGCCAGAAAUGUUUAAAAAGGGGUCUCUUAUAACAAAUAAAGGUGAUAUUAUUCAUGUUGAUGUAAUUAAAGAAAUUGAUCAAUUAUUCCAAGGAUACUAG